AUGACAUUUUUUCGCCGCACAUAUAUUAUGGAUUUAAAAGUCAAACGACUCCGCGGUUCUCGAGUUAGCCGGUUAAGUUUAUCAAAACAUCAAACGAAUAGUAGCGGCGGCGGUAUUUAUUACAACAAAAAACAAAAAGCUGGAAAAUUAUCCGGGAUUGUACCGGAAACGACGACGAAACAGGAAACUUGCGAAAAAGGCUUCUUAUGCGAUAGUUUAUCAGGUGCAAAAUUGAUUACGACGUUGCCAAAUUUCCAAUGGAAAAUCAAAAAAAAUUGCAACGGUGGAAUUGUUUUGAAAUAUAAGUUAAAAGAGAUAAAGUGGGCGCACACAAUGUUAACCAUUUAUGGAACUUUCAUUAAUCAACUCGGGUUAAAUAACUGA